UAUACAACUCAUCUCCAGUUUUGGCUUUUUAUCUUUUUGGUGCUGUUGGUCCACUCUUCCAUCUUCUGUGCUGCUGCUUCCUACCUGUGUGGCAAAGGGCCUCUUUUCAGUGCGCAUGUGACUCCGGAUGGCAUUCGGGAGGUCUGAAACAAUCCGUCAAAGAAGAGGAAUCCCAAAGAACUUACAGAGAACCAGGAGUUCCUGACAUACUUCUGUGCCACCCUGAUUCCCUGCUAGUGUGAAAGUUGGUGUUGUAGUGGUGCCUACCUGCUAACCCCCAUACUUGAAAACAUGUGAGGGGUUCCCCUGUCCUGUACUUUUCUUGGCCCCUUUGUGGGUGAGUUGCUGCUAAGGCCAAGGUGCUGGCCAUCAUGAUGUUCCGGGACCAGGUGGGCAUCCUUGCUGGCUGGUUCAAAGGCUGGAACGAGUGUGAGCAGACAGUAGCCCUGCUGUCCCUCCUCAAGCGUAUCUCUCGCACCCAAGCCCGCUUUCUGCAGCUAUGCCUGGAGCACUCGCUGGCAGACUGCACAGAGGUCCAUGUUCUGGAGUCUGAAGCUAACAGCGCAGCCAUCAUCAGUCAGUGGCACCAAGAGCCAAAAGACAAAGUCGUCUCCUUGCUCCUGUCCCAUCUGCCCCUUCUCCAGCCUGGCAACACAGAUGCCAAGUCAGAAUACAUGAAGCUUUUGCAAAAGGUGCUGGCUUACUCUAUUGAGAGCAACCUCUUCAUAGAAGAAAGCAGGCAGCUCCUGUCCUAUGCCCUCAUUCAUCCAGCCACCACGCUGGACGACCGCAGUUCCCUGGCACUUUGGCUCAACCAUCUUGAGGAGCGCCUUUCCAGCGGCUAUCCCAGCCAAGGCAGGGGACGACCAGACACAGCCUACCACUCACGCCAAGGCUCAGAUGACUGGCAAGGUCCGGUGGAGACGGGCCUUGGAGAUCUGGGACACAGCUGGCAGGAGAAGACACCACGGGAAAAUGGGCACAUGUCCUUCCAUCCUUCUGGCUCAGUGUCCUCGGCAAUCAAUAGUAUUGGGAGCAACACGAGCAACACAGCUCUUCCUUGCCAAAUCCACCCCAGCCCGCUGAAGCGCUCCAUGUCGCUCAUCCCCACGGGCCAGCAGGUCUCCAGCGAGUGGAUGAACGUGGAUGAGAUGGGUGCCAGGCCAGCCUUCAUCUCCAGUGGGGAGCACGCGCCCCUCUCUCCCCAGAGCAGCGUGGCUUCCUCAGGCAGCGAGCAGACGGAGGAACAGCCCGGCAGUCGUAACACCUUUCAGGAGGACGGCAGCGGCAUGAAAGAUGUUCCCUCAUGGCUGAAGAGCCUCCGUCUCCACAAAUAUGCAGCCCUUUUCUCCCAAAUGACUUACGAAGAGAUGAUGACUCUCACGGAGCAGCAUCUGGAAUCGCAGAACGUGACCAAAGGAGCAAGGCACAAAAUUGCCUUAAGUAUCCAAAAGCUGCGGGAAAGGCAGAGCGUCCUGAAGUCCUUGGAGAAGGACAUUCUGGAAGGUGGGAACUUGUGGAAUGCUCUCCAGGAACUGCAGCAGAUCAUCACCACACCCAUCAAAGCCUUCCAUGCUCUGCAGGCCGCGGCAGCAUCCAAGGAAGCCGCUGAGCCACGUGGAGGUCCCACGCUGGGCUUGGAGAAAAGCAGCAACAGCACCGAGGACAAGGAAGCCACCGAUGACCCCUUCCCACCCCCAACAGGCUCUCCAUGCGAUGGAGAAUCCGGAGCAGCGCCUAUCGCUGAAGGGGACAUUGCCGGGCAGUUCACUCGCGUGAUGGGUAAAGUGUGUACGCAAUUGCUAGUCUCCCGGCCAGAUGAGGAGAACAUCACUAGUUACCUCCAAUUGAUAGAAAAGUGCUUGAUGCACGAGGCCUUCACAGAGACCCAGAAAAAGAGGCUGUUGUCUUGGAAGCAGCAAGUACUGAAGUUGCUCCGUACCUUCCCAAGGAAGGCUGUGCUGGACAUGCAAGGCUAUCGCCCCCAGAAGGGAUGGGCCUUUGGUUCUAACUCUCUCCCCAUAGCUGGAUCUGUGGGGGUGGGAGUGGCCCGCCGAGGACAGAGGCAGUUCCAGAUGCCCCCCCGUGCUAUCCCCCCAAGCCGCAUGGGGAUCCUUAGUCCCGUGGGGAUUGGUGGAGUCUCUCCGCGGCACGGACUGGCCAGCCCAAAUCUGGGGAGCCAAGGUCGGCAGAAUCUGUGGUUUGCCAAUCCCGGUGGCAGCAACAGCAUGCCUGGCCAGAAUCGCAGCUCAGUCCAGCGGACCCAUUCGCUGCCCGUUCACACCUCCCCUCAGGCUAUCCUCAUGUUCCCACAGGAUUGCCAGCUCCCUGGAACGGAUCUGGAGAUCAACCCCACAUUGGAGUCACUGUGCCUGAGCAUGACGGAGCACGCGCUGGGCGAUGGCACCGACAAGACCUCCACCAUUUGAAAAAGCUGGAUCUGCUGGCAUUCCUGAGAAGCUUUAGGAUGGCUGUUUAUUUUUCUCCUCCCACUCCUUUUUUUUUUUUAACCCCUUCCCCCAGGGGUAUGUUGCUAUGGGGGUAGGUGAAUCAUUUUUUUUCCCUCUGACCUCCAAACCUUCUCCAGCAUUCCUUAGCAGCCAGAGGGAUAGGGGAGAAAAAGCUGUCACUACAAUCUUACCAUCUUAUUGUGUUCUAAUAUUUUUCUAUUUUUUAUUAUUCUUAUAACUUCAGAUAUUGGUUUAAUAUUUUGAUGUACAUGGGAGUUGGCAGUCUCCCCAAUUUAACUUACAAAGGCAGACGCCUAAAUUAGGCCAUAUAUACCGUAAUUCCUUUUCCAAUCUGGUUUCCCUCUCUUCUCCUCCAGCAGCCACCUCCUCCCCAUCUAUCUCCCUCCCUCCCUCCCUCCGGCCUAAGAAAGGAACAGGGAGUGAAAUCCAAGGUGACCCCUUAGCAGAGUCAGACUCGCACUGAAGAACCCAUCAGCACCAGGAUUUGAGGGGGGCGAGAUGGGGUCAUCAGGGCAAACUGAGCAACUUCACUGGUAGUUUUUGGUCUCUGGCUUUGGAGGGGAAGUCAGAGGGAUAGGGAGGAGGACGAGGAGGAAAAGCAUGCAGCAGGUGACUCGUGAAAUUUUAAAAGUGCCUCUAAUACUUGCUUCUACCAAGAGUGGUGGGGGGGGGGACAAGGGAAUGGCACAGGAAGUGUGUGGGUGUCUAGUACACAAUUGGUGUUCAUUUUCUUUUAGUGCUAACGAAGCAAUGUCCAUGGGUGAUCUCUUUGAGGAACUGGACAGAGUAGCUGAUGAAGGUUUAAGAGGACCCUCUUAGCCAUCUCCCAGACGUGGGAAAUGUAUCACUAAUGUGGGAUUUUUAACCCCCUCAGUUACUGCCCCUGAGACUUUUUUUUUUUUUAAAUGGGGCAGUAUUAAGCCUAGUUCUGUUGAAGCAGUUCCAGUGGAUUGGGGGAUCACCAGUUUGAGUUUCAGAAGCCGAGUUCUCAGUUGAACUGAUUUGGGUUCCUGGUAUAGAUGCCAGAUUCUUUUCUCCCCCUGUAAUCGUGGAGGGGGCAGGGAGGGGGUAAGGGAUUGGGACAUCUAUGGAGAAUCUCCAAACAUCGGUCAUGAAUUUUCUCUAGUUCUUCAGUAGUUUGGGUUGGAUAAUUGUCUUCCUUUGUUGAAGGGCGAUGGGGAGAGCGUGAAGGUAGUCAGAGCAGACUGAUCAUAGCCAAACCCUGGUGACCUGGUGACAGGGACCAUUCCCACUACCCAGUUUCCUGGUACGUAGCAAGAACUAGGUUGAGGAGCAUGUGGGGCACAUGGGGUGAAUGAAUUUGGAAAGCAGGCUGGUGUCUCCUGGGGAAGAAGCAUUUGAUCGGAUGCUAGGAUGUAAGGUGAUCCAGGAACCAGGAUCAUCCCCGUUAAUUGAGGCUGGGAGGGGAGGAAAGACUUUGGACAUGCAUCCAGGUGGGCUAGAAGAUUUGGGUGAGGGUAGGGGGCAGGAAGCCCUGUUUCUGUGGGAUUGCAUUUUCCUGGACACUACAGGGGUUGAGGGCACUGGGGUGGGAGGCUUUCUUCACACAUCUUCUCCAGCCAGUCUGCACCGCCUUGUUUACGUUUUCCUAGUUUCGAAUAGCUUUACUGCAGAAGGGAGAGGAGGACGUUGCUACCACCCUGCCUCUCCCACUUUUCCAGAGGGGGCAGUCCCAGGAAAUGAAGGGGGGGGGCUUGUAUUUGGAAACAAAGACCGGCCUUGCUUUUUUAUAGCAGGACCAGGUAAGCAGGGUGAGACACCGAGCCCGGACUUCCAGGGUGAGUGUGGGUGUAGGGGCAAGGCAGGUUUGUCCAGUUGGGGGGGGGCUGGAGGGAGCCCGCCCGCCUGCCCCCCCAACUGCGCUUGGCGUGUCUGCUGCGGGUGGCGGCAUCUCUCCCCCACCCACACUCUUUGCAAGGAGGGGGGUGUUCCCCGUCCACCGGCGUCGGCCAGCUCUUAGGUACAGACGACCUCUCGCCGUCUUCCCUUUCUUCUUUCACACCCUCGAGAACUGUUUGAAGUAUAAAAGCCUUUUUCCAAAGUGUAUACCGAAGAGUAGCGUACAGAAAAACAAACCAGACAGAACUACUGUAUUUCUAAAAAGUAGAGAGACAAGGUUCCUGUUUGAAAUAGAAAUGUUAUUUUAGAUACAUUUUAUUAUGAAUAACUUUUGUUAUGACUAUGGCUGGUAACCAUGAAUACGUUAUUUAAAAAAAAACACACACAAAAUGUUUUACAAAAAAAAAAAUCAAAUUCUGACUUUAGACUGCUUUGUUGGACUCCUUUGCUGCUUUCCCCUUCUGGUUUUUUGCUUUGUAAAAGGCAUAUACAGAA